GAAAAAGUAUUCUUUUGUUAUACGGGACGUAAUCCUCACGAUUUUAUACUUCCGGAUCACCAGAUCGAGGGGGAGAAAUCCGCUGACGAGAUUUGCUUUCCGAGUUCUUCGCGUGGAUCGUAGAAGGAACAUUUUUGAGGUGAUUGCAGACAUUAGGCGUCUACAUUUUGUAACUGCAAAGGAAUCUGUUCCUGGAAGAAGGAUAUUAGUAGCUGGAACCAGAGCUAUACAUUGGUUUCCAUUUCGGUGGAUUCUGCAGUUUUUUCUAGUUCCAAUUGUCACUCAGUAAAAACUUAUAUGAAAUCAUGACAUCUUCUGUUCAUGACUUAUCUGGUAAUAGAGAACCUGGUGAGCAACAAAAGCAUGCAGAACCUGAGAUCCGACAUGAGCCUACUGCAACUACAAACUUGCAAUAUGGUGUGGAAACAUCUUUGUCUGAGGGCACAGUGCCAUAUAGUCAGUUUGGAGUGGCACAAACUAUGGCCCAUUCAGCUUAUCCAUAUGUAGAUCCUUCCUAUGGAGGCAUUUAUGCAGCCUACAUUGGACAACCUGUGAUUUACCCGCAACUGAUUGCCAUCCAUCAAUCGGGCGUACCUUUACCAACUGAUGCAGCCGAAGAGCCUGUUUAUGUCAAUGCAAAGCAAUAUCAUGGUAUCCUGAGGCGUCGACAAUCUCGAGCAAAGGCUGAAUCAAAGAAUAAGAUGAUUAAAGUUCGUAAGCCUUAUCUACAUGAGUCACGACACUUGCAUGCGCUGAAAAGAGCUAGAGGAUGUGGAGGAAGAUUUCUCAACUCCAAGUCUGAAGGAAAUCAACAGAAUGAGGUUGCCUCAAGUGACCAGGACCAGCCUUCCAGCAUCCCAGCUUUGGAGAAAUGUUUUGGGACUCAGGAGAAUGCAAACCUCUCAGGCGAUAGAGUGGAAUCUAAUAAGGUUUCGAACUAAUAAAUCCCCUUUGGACCCUGAACAGAGUCAAAAUCUUAAUCUUAUGUAGGUGUGUGAUGCACUAAAUACAGUGUUAGAUGGCUCCAUGUAGUCUCUGCAGGAUACCAAGAGGCUCUGUGAAGGGGAAACUAUUAGACUUUUCUCCUAUACCAACUCGAUAUCUUGUUUCUUUUGAUAUCUAUGUUUGGUGUUAGAAAUAUGCUAUAGAAGUUGUAUAAAUUGAUCGAACUGUGCAUGGAGUUUGUAGGUUCUCAGAGUUGAGAUAGUCUUGCAAGGUAAUUAUUUCUUUGAUGGGCUGUACUUUUAAAUUUUGUUCUCAACUGGCACUUAAAUUGAUCUGAAGUGCUCAUUUUGGCGGUUCCAA